AUCCCAGAAAAUAAAAUAGUUGAACCUUCCUCCGUUGACACAGAUACAUGAGUCUCAUUCAACAAUUCAAUUUCCACAAUUGAUCUAAUUAUAAAGCUAAAUCCACCACCCACCUCUGUUUUAGAUUCUGACAUGACCAAACCCACAUCAAAAUCAAAUUUUGUUUCAGAUUACACAUUCUUUCUUGUCUUAAAACUCACCAUCUUCGCCAACUGAACGUUAGAUCGAAGAUGGUUCAGCCCCAAGAACCAGUGAAACUAUCACCGGGUUUCAGUCUUUUCCCUUCUUUAAAACCCCAAAACAAAACCCUUUUCUUUCACCAAAUUACAGCUCUUGUCAUCACGUUUUUGGCUUAUGCUUCAUUUCAUGCAUCCCGUAAACCCCCUAGCAUUGUCAAGAGCGUUAUUGGCCCCACUAUGCAAUCCGAUUCUGACUCUGGAUGGGCCCCUUUUAAUGGCCCUCGUGGUACUCAUAGGCUUGGUGAGCUUGACUUAGCAUUUCUUACUUCUUAUUCUUUUGGCAUGUAUUUUGCUGGACAUAUUGGUGAUAGGAUCGAUUUGAGAUUGUUUCUUGUUUUUGGAAUGAUGGGAAGUGGUUUGUUUACUAUUCUUUUUGGUUUAGGUUAUUGGUUUAGUGUUCACUUGUUCAUUUAUUUUGUGGUUGUGCAAAUAUUGUGUGGAUUGUUUCAGUCAAUUGGGUGGCCUUGUGUGGUGGCAGUAGUGGGGAAUUGGUUUGGGAAAGAGAAGAGAGGAUUGAUCAUGGGAGUCUGGAAUUCUCAUACAUCUAUUGGUAACAUUAUUGGCUCUGUCUUAGCAUCUGGAGCUUUGGAGUUCGGUUGGGGUUGGUCAUUUGUGAUGCCUGGAAUUUUGAUCAUUUUUGUUGGGAUACUUGUGUUUUUGUUUCUUGUUGUGAGGCCUGAAGAUUUGGGGUUUGAGACUACAGGAGAGGAGUUUGAGAUGCAUGUGGAGAAUGAGGAAAAAUUGGAGAAUGAGGAAGUGGGACUUCUUGGAGCGGAGGGUUCCGUUUCUUUGCAAGCAAUUGGGUUCUUGGAGGCAUGGAGGUUGCCAGGUGUGGCACCAUUCGCGUUCUGUCUUUUCUUUUCGAAGCUUGUGGCUUACACUUUCUUGUAUUGGUUGCCAUUCUACAUAAGGCACACAGCUGUUGCUGGUGUACAUUUGUCACACAAAACUGCCGGGAUACUUUCUACUGUAUUUGAUGUUGGAGGAGUUUUUGGUGGGAUUUUGGCAGGAUUCAUUUCUGAUAUGAUUGAAGCUCGUGCAGUUACUUCAGUUGCAUUCUUGAUACUAUCAAUUCCAGCCCUAAUACUAUACCGGGCUUAUGGAGGUUUAUCUAUGAUCAGCAACAUUGCAUUAAUGUUCAUUUCUGGGUUGCUAGUGAAUGGCCCUUAUUCUCUGAUUACAACAGCUGUUGCUGCUGAUCUUGGUACACAGGAUUUAAUUAAGGGCAACUCCCGUGCAUUAGCUACUGUGACUGCCAUUAUAGAUGGUACUGGUUCUGUUGGGGCAGCUCUUGGCCCUCUUUUGGCUGGGUAUAUUUCAACCCGGGGUUGGAAUAGUGUCUUCUUAAUGCUUAUAAUUGCUAUUUUCUUUGCUAUGGUGUUCUUGAUUCGCGUUGCUAAGACAGAGAUUAGAGGAAAGCUAGGUGAGGGGAAAUGGCUUUGGAACGGCAUAACUACUCAUUGAUGGACAAAGCUUGAAGUUUUCUUUUCCUUUUGUAUAUUUUUUGUACCACCUUAGAAAAUGGAUGUGGCGAGGCCAUUAUACAUGUAUGUCUAGUCUUUGUAUCACAUUCUUUAUACAAUAUUCUAUAUGUUUAUGAAUUUACAGGAAUUAUAUUUGGGUAAAUAAAUGAUGUGUUAUGUGAUUGAA